AUGACAUUUGACGCCAGAUCCCUACAAUUGCUCGAGAAGUUUUUAGCAACUGCCACCAAUCUGACAGAAUACCCGAUUACUGAGGAAAGAUGGGGAGCAAACGCUAUUAUCGCGGGCCGGAGGACAAGCCAGGAAGCAAAAAGCAUCGCUAUCGAGAUGAAUCUGGAGUUACUCAAGAAACAGGAUGAUGAUGACGAGAUCCUCUACUUUGUCGAAAACGAACUGCAUGGCCGGCGGGUGCGACUGCGCCAACACAAACUUUCAGACGAGCAAACUCGCCUUCUCGGUUACUUUGCGAAACUCAUCGAUGAGUUUGACUACUUGUGCAGCCCCGACAACCCAGAGGUUCCAGACGACAAAGCUUUUGCAAACAAAAGGGCCUUGGUCAUCACAGAGAGGGAUGAUCUGAUCAAACAGAUACAAUAUGAAAUCACAAAACCCAUUGACGCAGCUGAUACGUCCAGAUCUCCGACGAUGUCUCCGAAGUCGCCUCAGGUACAGGUUCAGCAUACGCCGAUCAAACAAGAGGAGCAUAUACCGAUGCAACAGGACGAGCAUACACCACUAAACCAAGAGAAGUCUGAAUCGCUGAGCAGAAGCGAGACAACGACGACAGUUCGGAAACUUGAGCUUGAUGCGAUACAGGAUUUCUGCAGCAUCACCGGCGUCGACUUCGAAGAGGCCGAGAAGAAGCUUAAAUAUUAUGAUUACAAUGUAAAUAACGCCAUAGACUUUCACUACGCAGACCAAAAGGCCUCAGAGCAAUCAGCACCCCCCGACGUUGAUAUGGAUGCUGAUCCCGAGCUGGAAGAAGCCAUCCGGUUGAGUCUUGUGACUGGAUCUUCUGGCGGCGAAGCUACACAGUGUAAUCUUCCGGUCGACAACUCGAUAACGAACGACAAACCGAAAAGGCAUACGCAAUUGUACCGCGAGGAUGCAUUUAGCAUAUCGAAGGUCACGACUGGUGAGAUCUCACAAAAUGUGGCUGAAAUGGUGCAGUCGCAUGCCCAAAUUCGAAAGAACAAGGGUGAGGAGCAACCAGAGAUCACCCAGAGUAAUUUGGAGGCUCAACAUGGCAAAGAGAAUUGCGAAGACUCGAGCAAGCAAGCAGUCGCAGCAGUCACAGCAGUCACUGGAGACAUAUCCCCAAGAGGUCGCUCUCACGCUGGCCAAUCCAUCCUAUUAGAUCCCCAAGGAAACUUCAAGGCACAUGUGCAUCCAGAGCCUCCUCAAACAAGUCUGUGGGAGCAAUACCAAACUAUGCGAAGCAGAUUGCAAGUACAGUAUUACGGUUCCGGCGCAUGCUUCGAAAGCCUAGGUCCCAUUCGCGGCGUUCCUACAAGGGAACAAGCUGAAUACAUGAAGCCAGCCGAACAGACCCAAAAUGACAACGCCAACACGGUUUCGGCUGUGAAAAUCGACGACGCUGGAGGGUACAGAAACGUUGGGCAGGUAAAAACAGCUAGGGCAUAUCGAGAAAAGCAGGAAGUUCAGCAUGCAGAGAAAAUAGCCGAUGCCGCAGAUGCUGAAAUGGCAGUCGAGUUGACAGACGAUGAGCUCAAAAUUCAAGAAGAAAGAGACCACGAAUACGCAGAAACGGUGCAAAAUCAACUCUAUGCAGAAGAAGAGGAAGAAGGAGGACAACUCGCCAAUGCACCAGAACCCGUGCACGUCUGUGAAGACUGGGCAAAAGUGACAGCCGCAACCAUACAUUCCCAAAUGAAAGGAAUUGCGUCUGAACAAAACACAGAAGACGACAACGAUUCUACACGCGGCAACUACAGCCCAGCACACAGUGGCCACGACUCUGCGAUCGGCGACGACGAAACUUCAUCCAAGUUGGACCUUGAUUACAUCACGAAACACGCCGAAGAAAACAACAGACAGAACGAGAAGCAGGGAGAUUUCGAAUCUGACUCCUUCAUCACCCUCAGAGACCUCGAGGAGUUGAGCGACGAGCCGAGAAAGGCCGUGUCGGAACAAGAGAACGCUCUAUCCGUUUCGAAAGAACAAGCCAAUAAACACACCACAGAUCAGGGAAAUGUCGAACCUAACUAUUUCGUCAAUCCCCGAGACCUCGAGAAAGUGAGAAGUCAGGUGGACGAUGUCGGUUCAGAACAAAGGAAGGAUCUGUUCAUCUCGAACCAAGACGAUGCCUGGGACGGAUACGACAGUGACGCAGAUGAAAUGGAAAUUGACGAUAAGGGGAUAGUUGGUUCUGAUGCUGAUGCAGAAGGCGAUACGGAUAGCGAACUGCAAGGUUUUGAUGCCGAUGCGGAAGGCGACGUGGAUGAAGAGAUGCCAACGUCGACAUCGAUCGGAGAUAAGGAUGUUGUCAUGAGCGUGGUAACGGGUGACGAACAGCAGACUCUCGAAUCGAGUAAGGAGGAGGAAGAACAAAGCGCGAAAAAAGAAAAGUACGGCUCACCUAUGGUGUCCAAGCCGGAUGAGGAUGUGGACAUGGACGCUGAAGACGGGAAUGUCAAGAUCUUCAAGACGGAUGAAGAAGACAACGUCGAUAUGGCCGGCAGCAGUUAG